GAGUGGAUAUGGAGAAUGCUUCUACAAAACUAGCAUCUUCUACCCAUAGUGACCUUACGUCCAUGCGGACUCCUACCCUUCCAGUAGCUCCUGUCCUGUAUGUGGGUUCGAACCCACAUGUAACUAUGUGCAACCCUUCCAGUAGCUCCCGUCCUGUAUGUGGGUUCGAACCCACAUGUGACUAUGUGCAAAGCAAAAAGGACGACCUGGCAUUGCGAGAUGCAAAUCUGGGUUGGAGAUGGCAAGUAAGAGAAAUUGCAAUACAUGCGGAGUCAUGGGUCAUGACAAGCGCAAUUGGUCCUGCUGGCACAUGGUGUACAAGUGAUUCCCAAUGGUGGAUGACUAGCAGUCGAGGUGAAGUGGCUGAGGAGCAGCAGAGGUCUAUAGCUAUGGGGAGCACAAGUAAACAUCAAGAAAGCAUGAGUAACAAUCCAACGCAAUGUGCCUGAGGAGGCCAAUUGAUUGGCUUAAUUCUUCAUGCCAUCACAUUUUUUGAUAUCCCUUGGGAAGACAUGCAGGGGAACUUUUUGAUAUACUUAUGUUCAUAAUCUGAUUGUAUAGCAUUUUUUGAGCUAU